UUCAGGUUGCGUUGUAACUACGUGGACCAAUGAGAGCAGUGGAAUCAUUCCGGUGAGUGGGAGACAGCGGGACUGUUUACGUGGGGACAGGUGGAGAAAACACGACUCUCCUUGCAGUUGUUCACCAGUCACCAUGAAGCUGAUGGACUCUUCGCGGAGCGGUUUGGUCCCGGUUCUCCUGCUGCUGCUCCAUCGCUCUCUCAUAGCCACGGCUCUGGGUCAAAAGUCUGAUGGCGCCUUAACAGUGGUGGAGAACACAGGAGGAGGAGUGGGUGGUGAGGAAGAGGAGGUGACGGUUGAUGAUGAUGCAGAUUUAGAGGUGCUCCAACCUACUGAACAGUGGCAAACACUUGUGCCAGGCCAGGCAGUACCAGCAGGCUCCCAUGUGAGGCUGAAUCUGCAGACUGGUAAGAGGGAGGUAAGACUGGGAGAGGAACAGCUGAAAUACUGGACUCAGGAACACAGGGAGCUGGAGAAGAGCGCAGCUCCCAUUAACCCUGAUGAGCUGAAGAAGGCCAUGAAGAAGAUAAAAGAGGACAUGAAGAGUCAGGACCCCGUGGCAUCCAGGUUUCGGCCCCUAGAGGAGUUAAAGAAGGACAUGGCUGAGCUGGACCUGCUGGUGGAGACAGAUGUUCAGAUAAUGAGGCGUCUGCUGGACCAGUUCAACAGCAGCAACACCACUACAGAGCAGAGACUGAGUAUCCUGCAGGAGCUGGAGUAUCUGGUACAUCAGGUGGAUAAUGCUCAAACUCUGUGCUCGAUGGGGGGCCUGAGCCUAAUCUUGGAAGGUCUGAACAGCUCUGAUGUCAGAUUACAGGAGAACUCGGCCUUCGUCCUGGGAUCUGCUGUGUCCAGUAACCCGGUGGUUCAAGUCCAAGCUGUGGAGGGGGGAGCUCUUCAGACGCUUCUAGCAACGCUGGCCACCACACAGCCGCUUAACGUCAAAAAGAAGGUCUUGUUUGCAAUGGCCUGCCUCUUACGUCACUUCCCCUACGCACAGCGCCACUUCCUGUCAAAUGGUGGGCUGCAGAUUCUGUCAGAGCUCUUCAGGGCAGAUGUUGGAGGAAUCUUGCAAACACGCAUCGUCACAAUGUUAUAUGAUAUGAUCAGUGAGAAGGAGCUGAUCUCCCAGGCAGGCCUAGACCACGUUCAGAACCCCUCCCAUGAGGAGCGGCUGCGCCAGUACUCUGAGGUGUCCCUGCAGGAUGAGCUGAUGGAGAAGGGUUGGUGCAGUCUGGUGCCACAGCUGCUACAGUCUACUGAGCAUGACUACAGGGAGAAGGCUCUCCGGGCUUUGUUGGCCAUGGCUUCUGUAUGUUUGGAUCAGUACCGGUCAGACGGCUCUCUGCUGGGUUCUCUGCACUCUCUCAGACUCCAGUACUCAGAACUGAUCCAGUCAGAAAUGAUUCUGGGAGAGGAGACCAGUUACUUUACAGAGAUGAUGGAACUUAUAGACACACUGCAGGUCAAGGUGAAAUAAAGAGUGUUUCAGAGGACCGGGUGAUGCCGAGAAUAAAGUAAACACACCCUCAGGGUAAACAACCACUCCUGAAAUGAACAUGUCUCACACAUUCAUUAAGCUUUAAAACAUGAGCUGUGGACACGGAUUGAAGAGGAGAGAUUAAACUGGAGAAGAUGCUUCUAUCUGUCUGUCAGUCAGGGGGAACUUGGUAAAUAUUUUACUGCUUGGAUUGUUUGCAUACCAUGACUAUUUUUCCUGGUAGAUACUGCAGAUGAAAUGAUUUAUUUGUUUAUAUGCUGACCUUUGGUUGUUAUUAAGAAAAGCUGCUUUAAUAAUAUUUUUCAUGUUUCCAGCUCCAGGCCUUGAAUUACUUCAAAUCUGUAGUUGUCAAUGACAGCAUGAGUUAUUUGCCCUGUGACACAUGGGUCUGUUAUGAAGCUUUGGGUUAAAGAUCCACAUAAACUCUGGAUGCAUUCUCUGUGGUAACAGAGCUGGGUAGUUCAUGUAUUUUAGGUUAGCCAGGAGCUAAAUCAUCCUGAAUCUGCUGCUGUAAUUAGACUACGGUCGUGUUCAGACCUGGGAUUAACGUGUCCUGGCUGAUCAUGAAGCAAGCAGACCAGCCUAACAAGGACAAGUCAUAUCUGCCAAUAAAACCCAUCUUAAGUGGUAGAACCUCAGUUACCUGCUUUGCAUGCAUUAGUACCCGGUGUGAGUAGGGCCAUACAGUCACUCCAGCAGCAGUCAGCGAGGUACCCGGGCACACGUCCAUCUUUCUUCCUCAAUGUACAUCUCAUGCUUCUACCUGAAGGAUCAGUCUGAGGUGGUGAUAUUAGGGUGGAACCAAGAAUAAUAACAGAAAUCUGUUGGGAGCUGCAGUGUCUUUUGGAAAAUCUGGAUUUUUAUUUAAAAAAUAAAUAAUUUAAACAUUAA